AUAUUAUAGUCAAUUAGUUUGAUUAUAUAAAAUGGGAAUACAUGAAGAAGAUAUAUAAUGACUGAUUGCGAUAUGCAAUCACUUUCAAACUGUAUUAAUUACAUUUGCAAAUAUUUUUAGCUGGCAACGUUUGCCCUAUAAGCCAAAACUUGUUAAAUUUUUUGGUUUAGUCGGCAUUCUUUGUUUAAGAACUUUUUAUAAAUUUAUUGUAUUAAAAUCACAGUAACAACAAUUUGAAAAUUAUUUUGUUAGCAACAUGUCAGACAAAAAGAAAGAAGCAACAGACGUCAAUAAUGAAGCUGUUACAUUUGGUGCUCGAAAUGAUGUAAAGAAUUCGCCGGAGCAGAAAUCUGACUCAUCUGAUGAUGAAAAACAUCCAGGCUCAAAGAAACGAGAUAUGUGUCAAAAAGCAGCUGUGGUCUCCACAGAAGUUCAACACUUGCAGGAAAAAGUAGCAUCUAUUGAAGAUGUGGUCCUUAUUGAUCCAGAUACGUUGGAGCUAGAUCUGAACCAUCAUCGCAUCGAGAAACUCGAGAAUUUCGAGCCUUUGAAGAGGAUUGAAAGAUUGUUUCUUCGUUGGAAUCUUGUUAAAAAGAUUGAAAAUAUAGAAAUGUUAACAACGCUUGUUGAGAUCGAAUUUUAUGAUAACCAAAUAACAAAAAUCGAGAAUCUAGAUGCACUUACAAAUUUGGAAAUACUUGAUUUGAGCUUUAACCGUUUAACUCAGAUUGAAAACUUGGAAAAGUUGACCAAGUUAACUAAGUUGUAUCUCUCGUCUAACAGGUUGAAACUCAUUGAAAAUGUUGGUAUGUUAAGUAAUUUAACAAUGCUGGAGUUGGGCGAUAAUAAAAUCCGUAAAAUUGAAAACCUUGAAACUCUCGUCAAUUUGCGUCAGUUAUACCUUGGGAAAAAUAAGAUCACGAAAAUUGAAAAUCUCGAACAGUUGGUUAAUUUGCAGAGUUUAAGCUUACCUGCAAAUCGUAUUACGAAAAUAGAAAAUCUUGAUAAGCUGGUGAACUUGACAGAAUUAUACUUAUCAGAGAAUGGUAUUGAAAAAAUUGAAAAUUUGGAACAUAACAUCCAAUUGGAUACAUUAGACUUGGCCAAGAAUCGCCUUAAGUCUGUGGACAACGUUGAAGGGUUGACAGUUCUGCAGGAUUUAUGGCUUAAUGAUAACAAUAUUGACCGUUGGCCAAAUUUGGAAGUGCUUAAAGUGAACAAAUCUCUUUCAACCCUUUACUUAGAGCGAAAUCCAGUAUCGAAGGAUCCAAUGUAUCGAUUGAAGUUAAAGAAUAUCUUGCCUUGGCUUGAACAAAUUGAUGCUACUCUAUGCCGAUAGAUUUAAGUUUUUAUAAAUUUUUCUUUUGAACUUAUUUUGUUAACGUUAUAAACUAUUAAGUGAUUUGAUCAAAGAUACAUUAAUAUCAAUAAAUUUACGUUUGGAUUAUUUCUUUUUCACGUGUACCAAUGAAAUAAGUA